ACGCGACCUCUCGGCCGCCUGUCACGCUGGUCGGUAGUUCAAAGUGGAUGGGCGACCGGGUGUUUUACUGCUGUGGGGUUAUGGAUGGCGCUGGCCUCUCGCUUGUUCUGUGUGACGUGGAUUGUCACUGUGUGCGACAUUUGGGGAGAAGCGUUCACGUGCAACGUCUGGGGCUGGCGCAUCCCUGGAUCAGCUCCAUCUUCUCUCACUGGUUUUACAGCAUGCCGAGGGCGAUCACUGCAGUUUCUUGGCGAUCGCGUCGGCGAUGGAAGAUGCAGGGUGGAAGAGAGGAAGGCGAAGCUGUCUUCUACGUCCAGCUUUGUUGCUGGGUGGCUGACAGCUGACGUGUCGAGUCCGGAAACAGCACGGCUCGGAUCUUCGUCGAUUAGCAAAGACGGGUGGUUCUCCAGCGAACUAGAGUCGCAGAGGGAAGGGGCCAAUCGCAAGAGGUGGAGCACGAGGAUGCGACGGAGAGUUGAGUCUGGCGAACGCAGGUGUGCAGGCAUGUCUGAAACGCGGCCGAUUUGGACAUGCGGUGGAGGAGCGGGAUGUCGAGGGCAACAUAAUGUGGUAAGGAAGAGGAAAGGAGACAGAGGUGAGGAUUUGGGCGGAGUCGCUGACAUGGCUUUAGGAAGCGAGGGAGUGGAAAUCAUUUUCCGCGAGCGCACAUGUGAAGGACUUGCUGUUGGGCGGGUUCCUUCGAGAACGUCUGUAAGCUUGGCCCAAGUGGAUAGCUAUGGCCAGUUGGGGGUACACGAAACACAGCAGGCAGCGGUGGUUAUGGACUCUGAAGCAGCAGCACUAGCAGCACAAAUAGAAGGCGAAGUCGGUACAGCUGAUGAGAAGGAUGAAAGAGAUGCGCAACAACAGCGCGCAGAGGCGGAAAUGACGAAGGAGACUGUUUCCCGCGAAUGGAUCAUUAGGUUCACGGAGUACAAGCACGCGGCAGUUCACAAACAAUCUCUUGAAGGCGCUUUGGCGACGGAGGUUCCGAAAGACACAUGGCGUUGGAUACACAGAGAGAACCCGGCUUCAGCGUAUCCUACGGAUUUUGGACUGUUGGAGAUAUCGGACAGCCACUUGCAGAGGGUCAGAGUCAAGCUGGAGUCGUUGCCAUGGGUGAAAGGUGUGUCACAGCAAAUGAGAUUCAGGCGGGCAUUGAUGAUGGCAGAAGAGGGCGAAGGAUUGGGAAGUGGGGGAAGGGGUGAUGUACGUUCGUCCUGUUGUAAAGGCAAGACUUGGGACGGAGGGCAAGAAGAGACAGUGGAGCGAAGUGCUGGAGGAGGAGAUUCCGCUUACGACCGGAAUGGGCCGGUAACGAAGGCACCCGGACGGCUGCAGACCAGACUCUGCGUAGAUCAGGGAGUGUGUCUGGACCGGAGCACGGGGCGGGAUUCAUCGCUGUGGGAGAACGUGUCUCUAGCAGAUACACACAGAAAACUGCUGCAUCAGAAGGACCAAAUCACAUCUAUAUUCCAAGCUGAGCAGCUGUGGGAAAAAGGAUUUUCUGGCCAGAAGGUCCGGAUGGCAGUGUUUGACACGGGUGUGCGAAUUGACCAUCCACAUUUCAAGAACAUAAUGGAACGUACAAAUUGGACAGACGAAGACACGUUGGAUGAUGGCUUGGGUCAUGGCACAUUUGUCGCAGGUGUGAUUUCCAGUCAGGACUCAUCCUGCUUGGGAUUUGCUCCAGAUGCAGAGAUUUUUGCCUUUCGAGUUUUCACAAACAAACAGAUCCUGGAUAAGUGUAAUGCUUUCGUAAGCAAGGCGGAGCAAAAGGAAAGGGAGGAAUUGGAGGCGAAGGAAAAUGAGAGGAAAAAACGAGAGAAAGAGGAGGAGGCUGCGCAAAAGAGAAAAGAGCGUGAGGAAUUGGAAAAUUCUAUGGGUCAGAAGUUGGAGAGCCGGCUGGCUCCUAUGUACGAAGCAAUCAUGGGCAGAGGUGUGGCGAGUUCAAGUUCUGUAAAUGAAGAGAUGGAGAAAUUGCGACGUGAGAAUGCGGAUUUGCGAACCAAGUAUGGGAUCAAGGAGCAGUUGCCUUCCACGGAGGCUAUUGAUCGAUUGCAACGCAAAAACGUUGAAUUGCGGAGGCAAGAGGCUGAUCUCAAGCAGAAGAUGGAGGGAGAUUUGGCGGCGUUGAGAUGGGAGAUUCGGGAAAUGUGGGAGUGUCGGGAGAAUUCGGGAAAAAGUGAUUUGGCUAAACAGGUUGAGGAUCUACGCACUGAGAUGGAGGCUCUGCGUAAGCGUAAUGAAGAAACUGAGGAGGUGGCCCAGCUCUGGCGAAAUGAAGCCCUUCGUCCCGGUAACAAGAGGGGGAGUAUUAAUGUUGCAACUCCUAUCUCUGAGGGGAGGGCAGCCACAAGGUCAAAGUCGGUAAGCACAUCAGAGGAGGCUCGGAGACUUCGGGCUGAGCUACUGGACUUGCAUGAGAGGCGUACAUGUGAUCUUACGGAGGUCGAGCUUCUAAAGCAAAGGCGGGUGGACGCUGAAGCCAAGCGAGUUGAAGCCGAGGCAGAGCUGCAGAAGCUAAGAGAACAAAUGCACAAGCUAUCUACAGAUGCGGGGGAAGCUGCCACGCCGGCAAGCGUGGGCACCAACCUCAAGGACAGGAUGGAGGAGGCGGCGAAGAGUGGGUUUCGUUCGGGGCGUAAGGGCAAGAUGAAAAUGACAGCUGGCCGAGUGCCCUGCCCAGAUGCAAGUGCGAAAAAAGCUAACGAUCGGUUUGUUAUGCUUCAGGACGAAAGGAAACGAUUGAAGGCUUUGAAGAAGUCCGGUCUGGAGGCCUUGUGUGAGGAAGAGGGCCUGCGAUAUAAGACUAUUGAAAUAACGUCGGAGGAACUAGCACAGCUCUAUACGGCCAGGAUGUUCGAUGGAGAUGGUGGGAAGCAUGACGAUGCGAAGCGGAGGCAUGGGGCGGUGGAGGAAAGUGAUGUCGCGGUUGAAGAGGAGGUGCCCUCAGACUCGAUCAAUAAUGAGGAAGAGGUUAUGCGGCAGUGUGGGGCUGAAUACGUUCGGGACGGGUUUGAUUGUCUGGGGAAAUGGAACGUGCGAGGUGUGCUGGGGCAGGCAUACUCAUUCCCCAAGCACAAGGAUAUUUCAAGGUGGCGACCGAUUUGUCCCACCUUUUCGGAACCAGGGGUGACUGCCAGUGAAAAUGUGGCGCGGGCUGUGAAUCAGUUGUUGUGGGAUUUGCCGAAGGGUAUGAAUUUUAAUCUGAAGAGUAUGGCGGAAUUGGCACCUGCCUUGGGCCAGAUCAAUAAACAGUUAAAGAAGGGAGAAUUUUUUGUCAACGCUGCAUUUGACAUUAAGGAAAUGUUCUGUAACCUGCCUCAUCAGUCUAUUAUGGUAGCAGUCAGGUGGGUAGUGGAUUUCUGGGUGGUUAGAGAAUGCAAAGGAGUGCUGGUUAGGACUAGAGGUAAGGGAGCGAAGUUGAGGUUUGGAAAAACAGAGAUGGGUUGGACCUCCAUUCCUCUGGAUGUGAUAGAAAAUUUUGUUUCUUUUGAGCUUGGUUCGACCUUUUUCAAAGCGUGCGGGCAGUUGCUGCAACAGAAGGUGGGGAUUCCGAUGGGUAAGGCCUCCAGCCCUGCCCUGGCUUGCCUCCUCUGCACUUACAAUGAAUUUAUGUUUUUGACGUCGUUGGGGUGCGAUCAGCGACUGGUGAAUGGCCUGCGUAUGAUGGAUGACGUGUCAGCUAUGAUCUGCUGCAAAGAAGGAAAUGGCGGGUCUUUGCGUAAGGCUGGUGAAAUUAUGGGCACGUUCCGGGUGUGUUAUGAUGACAACCUCGUUCUGGAGCAGACUAGUGAAGGUGAUUGCUGGGAUUUCCUUGGUUGUGUGAUGAAAGCUCUGGAAUGGCCAUGGGGUUUGCAGUGUGUUGCUUUGCACAAAAAUCAACGGAGUUACAAAGAGAAGGGAGUGAAGUUUCAGAACCUGCAGGACUUCGACUCCUAUACGAUGCUUGGGCCGGCUCGCCAGCUCGGUGGGGAGGUGCUUCGGCCAGCUUGGUGGGGAGGUGUUGGGGGAGUGUUUGGGCCGACUCGCCAGCUCGGUGGGGAGGUGCUUCGGCCGGCUCGGUUGGGAGGUGCUUUGGCCGUCUUGGUGGGGAGGUUCUUUGGCCGUCUUGGUGGGGAGGUGCUUCGGCUAGCUCGCUGGGGAGGUGGUGGGGAGGUCCUUCGGCGGGGUCGGUGGGGAGGCGGUGGGGAGGUGCUUCGGCUGACUUCGUGGGGAGGUGCUUCGGGCAACUCGGUGGGGAGGUGCUUCGGCCGACUUGGUGGGGAGGUGGCUAGGUUCUUUGGCGGGCUCGGUGGGGAGGUGGUGGGUAGGUGCUUUGGCGGGCUCGGUUGGGAGGUGGUGGCUAGGUGCUUCGGCUGGCUCGGUGGGGAGGUGAUGGGGAGGUGCUUCGGCUGGCUUGGUGGGCAGGUGGUGGGGAGGUGCUUCGGCCGGCUCGGUGGGGAGGUGGUGGGGAGGUGCUUCGGCCGGCUUGGUGGGGAGGUGAUGGGGAGGUGCUUCGGCCGGCUGGGAGGGGAGGUGCUUUGGUCGUCUUGGUGGGGUGGUUCUUUGGCCGUCUGGGUGGGGAGGUGCUUCGGCCGGCUCGGUGGGGAGGUGGUGGGGAGUCGCUUUGGCCGACUCGGUGGGGAGGUGCUUUGGCCGACUCGGUAUGGAGGUGGUGGGGAGGUGCUUCAGCCGGCUCGGUGCUUUGGCCGGCUCGGUGGGGAGGUGAUGGGGAGGUGCUUCGGCCAGCUCGGUGGGGAGGUGGUGUGGAGGCGCUUCGGCCGGCUCGGUGGGGAGGUGGUGAGGGGGUGCUUCGGGCGGCUCGGUGGGGAGGUUCUUUGGCCGCCUCGGUGGGUUGGUGCUUUGACCUCGUCGGUGGGGAGGUGCUUCGGCCGGCUCGGUGGGGAGGUGCUUUGGCCGUCUCGGUGGGGAGGUGGUGGGGAGGUGCUUUGGUCGGCUCGGUGGGGAGGUGGGGUUUCCUGGGAUUUGCGAAAAGCAGCACCCUACGAUGUUUAUGACAAAGUAGAAUUUGAUGUACCCGUAGGUACACGAGGAGAUUGUUAUGAUCGUUAUUGUGUCCGCAUUGAAGAAAUGCGACAAAGUCUUCGAAUCAUUGUCCAAUGCUUGAAUCAAAUGCCUAGUGGCAUGAUCAAAGCGGAUGAUCGUAAACUUUGUCCUCCUUCACGCUCUCAAAUGAAACAAUCCAUGGAAUCCUUAAUUCAUCACUUUAAGCUUUACACGGAGGGUGUGUCUGUACCAGCUUCUUCUACGUACACCUGUGUAGAAGCACCCAAAGGCGUCUUUAGGUGUCUAUGGUAUUAUAACAGCAGGUCUUUGUGGCAUACUCGCUUGAUGCGGGAGAUGAUCGCAAAGUCGGGGAAUGACGGUGGUGGGGAGGUGGUGGCGGAGGGAGCGGACGUAUCGGACGAAGCGGUCCGUGGAGGUGGCAGAAUUGUUCAAGGUAGUCAUCAAUGGUUUUCUACGGAAGGUGGCAGUGAGAAGGUUGGCCCAUUGGAGGAAGGAGUGACGUGGUCCUUCGGAGGCUCGGCGAUUGCUGACGUCAACCAUCCACCAUUUGGCGCCAUUGCCGAGGAGGCGGGAGGUGCCAAUGGGGAGCCAGUGGGCAAGGGGCAUGUGGUGGAGGUGAAAAGAGUCUCAUACACGUCGUGGUUUCUUGAUGCAUUCAACUAUGCCAUUGCCACGAAGAUGAAUGUCCUCAAUUUGAGCAUUGGUGGUCCGGAUUACAUGGACCGUCCGUUUGUUGAGAAGGUGUGGGAGAUGACUGCCAACAACAUCAUUAUGGUAUCUGCUAUUGGAAAUGAUGGGCCUCUUUAUGGAACCCUCAACAAUCCAGCUGAUCAGAGUGACGUGAUUGGAGUUGGAGGUAUUGAUUAUAGUGAUCACGUUGCAUCUUUCUCGUCUCGAGGAAUGAGUACAUGGGAGCUCCCUCAUGGGUAUGGGCGCAUGAAGCCAGACAUUGUGGCCUAUGGUAGGGAGGUCAUGGGCUCAAAGAUUGUGGGAGGGUGCAGAAGCCUCUCGGGAACGAGUGUUGCAUCUCCUGUUGUGGCUGGUGCUGUCUGCUUGCUUGCAAGUGUGAUCCCAGAGGAAGGCAGAUGGGAUAUUUUGAACCCUGCAAGCAUGAAGCAAGCUCUAGUAGAGGGGGCGGUGUCGGGUGCCGAAAACAAGAUGGCGCGAUGGUUGCCUUCCCCGAUCUAUACUAGCGGCCCGGAAAUGCCAGUAGAUGUAAAGGAAGGAGUGUCGGUUGUCCUUCCGGAAAAUGGAACGUGGACGGACCUUGAACCAUCAUAUCAAACGGUAAUGCUGCAAGGAGGGGAUGCUUUUCUUUGGAUAGAAACGGUAUGGACCAAUGUCAGCUUGACGAGGUUGUCGCCAAGUUUAAUGGAUUUGGAAUACCGAGGGACAGCGGAAGCCCGCGGGUGGGUCUACUUGUCGCAAGAUGGGGAGAAAGCUAUGAUCAUAGAGUUGGCACUCGGGAAUACGCCGGACGAGUUGUUUAGGAAGGCAGAAGCAGAGGUUGUGUGGGCUGCAUGUCAACGGAGGGAAAUGGAAAUGGAAAAGGUAGACGUACGGGUGGAACUUGGGGAUAGAGGAAGCAUGAGGCGACCCGUAAGAACCAUGCGAUGUGUGCUGCCCCCCUUCCUAGUGGAUGCGGUUUUCGGAACUCGGAGCAGGCUAGUGCGAAUAUGCCAGUCCAUGACGAACCUCGGGCUAUACCAAUGCGCUAGGCAAGAUUUUUUUCGGUUAUCAGUAGAGAUGGGACCGUUCGAGGGGAACUUGGCAGAGGAGCUGGCCGAGAUACUAAACGGCCUUAGCAUAGACAAUAUCUUUGUCCCUAGCGCUGUGCAUUGGGGGAUAGUCUACAAGAAUGUGGCAAUAGGGGAGACGUUUCUAGAUGGGGAAAGGCGACAUUACGAGAUGGCCCGGGGAAUGACGUUCUGGGAGGAUAGACCUCGUGGGAUCCUGCCACCAAGAAUAUCAGAAGGCAGGGUCGAAAUAAGCUUGCCAUCAAGAAAUGCGGUAAGCAAUCCAAUAAUGGACUGGGUGGGGGUAGAGUUGGUGGAAGAUACGGUGUACCUAGAAGUGGAGCUGGAAUGGUGUGCGAGAGGGGAGUUCGGGGGCGUAGACUUGAACCUCCCCGGGCGUGUACAGGCGACGGUAUCCUUACACCUGUCGGAAGAGGGAUGGCGGACCUUUGGGAUUGCUUUGGCUUCCGGGGAUGACCCUGUGCGAAUGUUCGAAGGGGCAUGGCAAAUAACCUGGCGGGAGGGGUUUGAGUUUGCAGACACGGUACGAGAUGACGUAACGGCAGAGGCUAGCCCUAGGUUGCUCAAAGGGCUCAGACAACUGUUGACUCGGAGGCGAGUAGAAAUAGGCGACAACCCCGAAUUACCAGAAGGGGAGAGGGAGGAGGAAGCUCUGCAAGAAGUGGCUAACCUUCAGAGGAGUCACGAGGACUUGGAGGAUCUCGAAAAAGCCUUUGCAGACAUUCGUUUGAGCUUGCCCGACCGAGAGGGCGGCGAAGUCAUGAGAUCACCACCCGGGACGAAGCUUAGCUUUCAUGCGCUUCCCGUAGGGAAACUGAAAAUCCAGAUCGGGAGUCAUCAUACCGACGCAUUAGUAGACGGGGGAGCAGAGAUCACUCUCAUAAGAAGAGAUUUCGCAACGAUCACAGAAUGUACGGUAAACAAGGAAGUAACAGGGAGCAUCCGGGGAGCUGGCGGGGAAAUCUCGUUCGCUGGGAAGCCGGAUCCGGCAAAGACCGACAAGAUAUCACAGUGGCCGACACCGCUGCGCACGACGACGGAGGUAAGGGCAUUCGUAGGCGUAGUCGGCUUCUGGAGGAUCUUCAUUAAGAACUUUGCCAAGAUUGUUGAGCCUAUCCGGGCUAUGAUCAGGAAAGAAGGAACCAUGGAUUGGACGGAGGAGCGAGAAGGAGCUGUCCAAAGGCUGAAGGACAUAUUGACAUCUGAGACAGUCGCCCUGUUCGCGCCUUGUUUUAAUGACGAAGUGGGACGACCCUUCGUCUUAGAGACGGAUGGAGGACCUUUGGCCGUAGGAGGUGUGUUGAUUCAAAGGGAUGAGGGAGGAAAAGAGAGGCCGAUUAGGUUCGAAAGUAGAACCCUGAACUCCGCAGAACGGCGGUACUCGCAAUUCAAGAAGGAAGUCCUAGCCAUCCUGCAUUGCCUUGAGACCUUCCAGGCCUACCUAUUUGGGAGGCGGUUCAUCUUAAGGAUCGAUCCGACGAAUGUCGCAGGGGCUUUUAAGAAUUACAGGCCUAUAGAUCCGACGGUUCUCCUGACGGACUACCUAAGGUGCCUACCUGCAGAGGUAAGGACCAAGCUGGUUGACGAGGCCUAUGUAGAACAGCACACCUUCGGUUCUUUUUGUAAGAAAGCUCUGGACAUAGAGGCAAAGUUGGGGUCUGCUCAUAAGGUAUCUCAUGAUGGUAAGAAGAGACUACCCCAGGACUGGAAGAAGAAAUGUCAGUUAAUGUUCGUUGACCAUGAUGGUCAAACGACGGAGAUUGACGAAUUCCCAGACCUUGGGGAGUUGACAGAGCAGGAUGGGGCCAGCGAGACUUCGGAUGGGGGAGUCGUGGCACCUAUCAAGGAAAAGGCUAAAGGGACCGGGAAGAAGAAGGUAGGACGGUCCGCGGGUCAGGGAGACCAAGGGACACCCACAUGGGUGAAGCUUGGUUUGGAUUAUGAGCACGCGAUGAACAGGAUUUUUCAUGACUACCUGGACAAGUUUAUCGUCGUGUACCUCGACGAUAUUCUCAUCUUUAGGACUGUAGAGGAGCACGCUGAGCACUUGAAAACAGUGCUAGGUCUCCUUAGACAGCACCAGUACAAAGUGAACUUGGAUAAAUGCGAGUUUGGUCGCUCCAAGAUCCUGUACUUGGGUCAUGAAAUUUCAGCAGAUAGAUUGGGGUCGGAAGAUGCGAAGGUGGCUAGCAUACGUGACUGGCCCAGACCUCAAACUGUUACUGAGGUCAGAUCGUUUUUGGGGAUGACGGGCUACUAUCGUCCGUUUGUGAAAAACUAUAGUACUAUAGCUUCCCCAUUGACAGAUCUAACUCGACUUGACACCCCUUGGGAGUGGACUGAAGAGUGUGAAGCAAGCUUCAAGAAAUUGAAGUAUGUUGUGACACACUACGAAGUUCUUAAACUUCUUGAUCCUGAUAAGCCGUUUUUCGUGACCACAGACGCCAGCCAAUAUGGCAUAGGCGAGGUGCUUGCUCGAAAGGAGGGGCCCAAGUUGAGACCUAUCGAGUACAUGAGCAAAAAGAUGCCAUCUCAGAAACUAGCUAAGUCCACGUAUGAGCCUAAAACUGACUACGUCAUCAAACUGUUUAUGGAUAAUUGGGUACGGGAUUUUGGUUUGCCUACAUCCAUCGUUAGCAAUCGGGAUGUGAGAUUCACAAGUGAACUGUGGCAGUCAACUGCAGAACAGAUGAACCGGGUAGUACAGCACUUGCUUCGGCACUACAUUAAGCCAAGUAAGGAUGACUGGGAUGAGAAGUUACCUCUCGUCGCCAGCUUGUACAACAAUGCUGUGCACAGUACACCGGUAGGUGAACGAGUCUGGGUAAAGUCAUCUGAAUUAGGUCAGGAGUUGGGGAUAUCCAGAAAACUGAUGCCACAAUGGGAGAUCUUGGACGUUGUAGGGGAUCAACCGGAUGGGCCUUCAUACGUGAUCCGUAUUCCUGCACACCUACGCACCUACCCAGUGUUUCAUGCCUCCAAGCUGGCACCUUUCGCCGCCGCUGAGCAGUUUCCUUCCAGAAGAUCAAAGCUGCCCCCAACCAUGGAUGGCGAAGUGGACAUUGACCAGAUCAUCGAGCAUCGAGUGAUGCCCGCUCCUCGACCAUCAGGCAGAGGGCGACCUCCUAAACCGAGAAUGCAGUAUCAUGUGAGCUUCGGACAUCAUCUGGAUCCUAAAGAAGACCGGUGGUUCACACGAGAAGAACUCAUGAGAGCAGCACCUCAAGUAAUCGCAGGCUAUGAAAGAGCACCCAAGGGGAAAAUGCCUGUAGAAUAAGAGACUUCUCAGAGGACUCAUGAAGUAAAGGAGGAGGGAAUGCGAGGAUCAGGGUCCUCGGUAGGCCUAUGGGGCCCUGUUUGCAGCCUUACCCGC